AUGAGUUUACCAUUGGGAAACCCGCACUGGCCAGCCGGUCAGGUAAACGAUGUGGAUGAGCACUUGCAAGAUGUUGAUCGUCUGGCAGCAACCGCCCGGCCAGAGGGCCUCUGGUCAGGGCCGUUUGGUAUCUUCUGCGCUCGAAACAGUGGGGGCGAGUGUGGUCUUCGACAGACAGCUUCGCCACCAUUGAUCAGCCAAACAUCGCCAUUAGACUCUAUUGCCACCAGCAGCAACGACAGCCCGGUUUUGACUUUAUCUAGCGCCGACUCAUUGGAUCCCAAUUCAUUAACAACCGCUGCUGUUGCCGAGGACUCCGGGCCUCUGCCCGAUGGAAGCUCCAACAUGCUUCUCACCAAACGUCCCCAUCACAGUCGUGUGGGAUCCGGAUCAGUCCCUGACUUCCCCAGUGCGGAUUUACAAGCCGAGAGCCUAGUCAGUAAUUUACUAGACCAUUAUCUCCAAAACGUGGCAACUCUCUUGCAGCCUGUGGUUCAUUCACAAAACGCCUAUAGCUCCAUCUAUGCCAACCAAGCGAUGGCCGUGGCAAGAAGAGUGCCGUGGAGAGAUGCCAUGAAGAGCUGGAAGGUGUUGGAUAGCAAAGUCGCUCUGGUCUACUCUCUCCUCUCGUCGUCAACAUCUCACCUUCGUGGCCUGGAUGGAACAGACGAUGCAAGUGCAAUGGCCAGGUACUUUCGUGUGGAGGCUGUAUCACGCCUGAGAGGGGCGCUGAACUCGUUGGAUCUCACUCGGCAGGAUGAGAUGGGGGUUGUGGCUGAUCGCAGCCUGUCCGAGUGCGAGGCAGUCCUCUCUGUCAUGCUGACUCUAGUCACCGCGGAUGUCAUGGAUGGCCAGAUGGAGGAAUUCUGGAUACAUCUGGAUGCUACCAAAGCUCUUGUCUCACGCCUGCGAGGACACGUGCAGCCAGGAUCGCCCGGGGCUCACCUCGUAAAUAUCUCGACAUUCUUACGCACCCUGAGCGAUUCUACAGAUGUUGGUCUGGAGCCCUUACCGUGGAGGCCCGACUCGGAUGGCCCGGCAGAGUUCAUCGGAGCGGGACAUUCACUCGAAUACACGUACGGGAUCACAGCCAGGCUAGUCAACUUCCUCAGCCGCGCUUGUCUCUUAUCCCGAAACGCCGCCUUCUACAAGCUGGGCGGUUGCAGCCCACCGGAGGCCUUCUCGCUGGAAUGCGACAGGUUCAUCGAGGAGAUGGACGCGUGGCAUAUCAGCGAGGAAGCGUUCACAUCCUUUCGCACCAGCGACGACGUCACCAUUCUCCUUGCCUCCAAGCACACGCUCGCUUUUGCCGCGGGUAUCCGUAUCUACUUCCACGCACGGGUGGCACCGUGCGGCGGACCUACAAUGCGGGCGUUGGUCCAGAGCGUGGCCGAACAGCUGACUGAUAUCGAGAAGAUCAAGAGGCGAACGGGUUACGACGCCACGCCGACGGCGACAAUCUCCUGGCCCGGCUUCAUGGCCUCGUGCCAAGCCGAGCCAUCGGAGAGGAGGGUGUGGGAGGAGUGGUGGAACCAGAUGCUAGGCUAUCGGAUCGGGAACAUGAAGGGCUUGUGUCUGCGAAAGAUGGUCCAGCGCAUUGCUAGAGAAGCAGGCCUUGAGGCCUUCAUUGACGCCAUAAAGAAGGAUGGCUGCGUUGUCAUCAAGGACUUCACAGACCUAGAGUCUCUGGAGGCGGCAAACAAAGAGGUCCAGCCGUACCUCGAUGCCUCUAUCUCCGCUUCGUCCAAGAGCACCGUUGGUGCCCUCAACGGCGGCACGGCAACUUGCACGCGCCUCGUCGGACGGAGCAAGACUGUCCGGGAGAAGUUCUUCUCCGACUCCUUGUACCAGGCCAUCGCAGACUACUUCAUCGGCCUGGAAACGACCAUCUGGUACGGCUCCAAGCCGACCGUGCAAAAGUCCGACCCCUUGCUCUCCAUCUCCAUCACCAUGUCCUCGCAGCCGGGCUCCAACGCGCAGGAGCUCCACCGCGACGACAAGAACCACCACGCGCGCCACGCCGCCGCCACCGAGUACACGCGCGGGCGCGACAUGCUCCUGGGCCUGUUCGUGCCGACGUGCGACACCUUCAAGGCCAACGGCGCGACGAGGAUAGUGCCCGGCUCGCACCUCUGGGGCGACGACCAGCCGGAUUUCGGCCCCGACGGGAACAAAGGCGUCGAGGACGCCGAGCUCAAGCGCGGCGAGGCGUUUGUGAUGCUCGGGAGCUUGUACCACGGCGCGGGCAAGUACUCUAUGCCUACGGGCUGCCGGACUGUGCAUAUCAUGUUCAUGUGCAGUGGCGUUCACCGUCAGGAGGAAAUCCCAUUCCUCAGCUACCCUAUUAAGGACGUCAAGACAUAUUCGAAGCUGGUCCGUGACCGGUUGGGAUGGAAGCAGUCAGAGCCGAAUUUGGGAUGGGUAGAUCUCAAGUCACCAGAGUUCCUUUUGGAAGAAUAA